AUGGAUGGGUCCACGGAGGCCGGCCCAUCGCGCUCUGACGCAAAAUCUGAUUCUCCACCGGUUGAUGUGUCUCCAGAAACAGUAAGAUUUCUCUUUGGUCCUUAUGUUUAGAGAUCCAUCGAUAUGUGGUGUUGUGUGAGACAUCCUAGCGGACGUUAUGAAGAAGAAAUCUGGAAAUUUGACAAUAGCAAAAGGGCACUUGUCAAUAGAUUAUUGCAUCAUUUUGCAGGAACUGAUGGAGAAACGCGAAGAGAAGGCGUGAGCAAAGCUGGAUCAGAGGAAGCAGACGACGUUCAGAACAUUUCAAGGUAAGUUUGUGACGUUGUCUUUUUGAUUUUUCGGUUUUUCUAGGCCGUUGAGCUAAUAAUUUUCUCUGGUUAUACCUAAAAUAAUAUAAUUGAUAUUUCAGCCGGUCCAUGUUGAAGUAG